AUGUCCUUUCUUUCCUCAGCCAUGUCUCAGGCCGUGCAGACCAAUGGGACGCAGCCUCUGAGCAAGACCUGGGAGCUCAGUCUGUAUGAGCUGCAGAGAACACCCCAGGAAGCCAUCACAGAUGGCCUGGAGAUCGUGGUGUCCCCCCGGAGCCUGCACAGUGAGCUCAUGUGUCCCAUCUGCCUGGACAUGCUCAAGAACACUAUGACCACGAAGGAGUGUCUGCAUCGCUUCUGUGCUGACUGCAUCAUCACUGCCCUCAGGAGCGGCAACAAAGAAUGUCCCACGUGUCGCAAAAAGCUCGUUUCAAAAAGAUCUCUGCGGCCAGACCCCAAUUUUGAUGCUCUCAUCAGUAAGAUUUACCCGAGCCGGGAUGAGUAUGAAGCUCAUCAGGAGAGGGUGCUGGCCAGGAUCAGCAAGCACAAUAACCAGCAAGCCCUGAGUCACAGUAUCGAGGAGGGAUUAAAGAUUCAGGCUAUGAACAGGUUGCAGCGGGGCAAGAAGCAGCAGAUUGAGAAUGGCAGCGGGGCCGAGGACAAUGGCGACAGCUCCCAUUGCAGCAACGCCUCCACACACAGCAACCAGGAAGCAGGGCCUAGCAACAAGAGGACCAAAACCUCAGAUGACUCUGGGCUGGAGCUGGACAACAACACCACCACUGUGGCCAUAGAUCCCGUGAUGGACGGGGCCAGUGAGAUCGAGCUGGUGUUCAGGCCUCACCCCACCCUCAUGGAGAAUGAUGACAGUGCGCAGACGAGGUACAUCAAGACCUCAGGCAAUGCCACGGUUGAUCACCUGUCCAAGUACCUGGCAGUGAGACUGGCCCUGGAGGAGCUGCGGAGCAAAGGUGAAUCCAACCAGAUGAACCUGGACACGGCCAGUGAGAAGCAGUACACCAUCUACAUCGCCACUGCCACCGGCCAGUUCACUGUGCUAAAUGGGUCCUUUUCCCUGGAACUGGUCAGUGAGAAAUACUGGAAAGUGAACAAACCCAUGGAACUGUACUAUGCCCCCACCAAGGAGCACAAAUAAGUGCUGGGUAACUGGGAUGGAACUAACUCUUUUUAUAGCUAUGACUUCUUUUAAUAUUAAAAUAAGGCAUCACCAGUAUCUUCAUGGACAACACAUGUGGUGCUUUCAGGCACUCUCAGUAUACUCAGUAAUGACUAGACAGUAUUCUGAGCUGUAUUUAAUUUAGUGUUUGGGUUGAGUUAUUUGGUUUUUACCUAGGAGACUAAAUGACCUUCUCCAGUGCAUUCCAGUGUUUGAGAUGCUUUUUUGUUCCUAAUGCAUGAUAUCUGAUCCAGUGUUCCGGUUUGGAAUGGCUUUGUUUUGUCCAGGUAAAUCUGGAUUUCUGCUCCAUCUGACACAGUUAUAGUAGCCUCUGUGAAGUGUAGAGUGUUGGAUGGCUAAGGAAGUCUGUUCAAUAGUAGCAUAUGCCAAGGAAUAUGUUAAAUGUUGGAAUUUGGUGACUGUUAUCCAUCUGAAGAACUGAUUGGUAGAGAACGGAUUUGGGAUAGUCUUGCAGCUAGAGGUAAUCUGAUUCCCUAGGAAAAGUACAUUAAGACAUUUUCUUGUGAACAAAUGUGAAUUUUGCAUCUUGUGGGAGGUAUUGCUGCCCAUGGUAGGGGCUUGGACCAAGAUGGUGUUUAAGGUUCCUUCGAAGUCCAGCUAUCCUGGGAUUCUGGGAUUCCAAGAAGAGCUGCAGUGAGAAAACUGACACUUUAAAACUUUGCUAUUUACAGGGCUUAAUUUAAUAUUUCAGUGCAAGGUGGUUAAUCAGUUUGGUUUGGUUUUGUUUGUAAUGGCUAUUUCAGUCAAAAAACACCCAAACACCCCAAACCCAUAACUCUUCCCCCUGCAGGACAUGCCAGUCUUGAUUCCUGUCUGGCCCCUCUUGCAAUGUUGCCCUGUCCUCACAGCUGAACUGAAGGAAAUCUGGAUGUUUCAUAGCCCUGCUAUGUUCCUUAGAAUAGGAUCUCUGUUGUGAAUGUGCUUUAAAGAACUGUCCAGAAAACUUCUUUGUUAAAGCAAAUCCCCCAAAUUUCCAGCACACAGCCAUCAAAAUGCUUUGCUCGGGGAUUUGUACCACCCCAGCAGGGUCUUUUCCCGGCAUCAGUGUGAGUAGAGAAGACUUUGACUGUAAGCUGCUCCAAGAUUCUACUUUUGUUACUUUGCCAUAGCUUUAACAAACAUGGCUUAGCACUUUGGAAGACAACUUCAGUACUUGACAAAGUUUACCAUUUAGUGUCUUACCUUUAGGCUCAAGUUUCCCAACAUGGGCAGUGGGCCAUGCUGUAAGGCAUGCUGCUUACAGCAAGGCAUGCUGCAAGGCAGGCUGCUGGUCAUUUAUGUGUACAGCCCCUGUACCCUGACUUUGGACCUUGCUGUGGCUCUGAGAGGGCAGCUUGACCUCUCCCAUGUCCUCUCUGAAGGGGAGCUGUCACCACGAGGUUCCCUUUGCUCAAAGACUUGCUGAUGAACCCUCCCGUUUGCCCCUGAGGCUUGAAGCAAAAGGUGGGUGGUAGGUGGGAAGCACCAAGCUUUACUCCACACAGUGUGGUUUACACUCCUCCUUUGUCCUGCCUGGACUCUCAUUGGCUUUGGCAUGUGAUACAAAAGUUUUCUGCUGCUCGGGAUUUUCCUGGGAAGGAUUUGCCUUUCCCUGGCUCUGGGCUUUCCUAGCACUUGUAAAUAGUGUCCCUUUUGGCUGCUGUUCAGAUCAGCUUUAUCCUGCUGUGAAAGCUGCACAGGCUUCUCUGAGUAACUUAAUUAUUUCCUCUGACUGGAGAGCCUUGGGCUUUUGUGACAUGAAAUGAAAGUGUUCAGGCCCAGAGCACAGAGGGGCGGCUGUUAGGGACCUGUUUUUGCUGACUUCGUGAAGCGUUGCUGUAUAGACUGUAGUGCAUGUCCACAGAAUAUAAUGGGGGGUGGGGGAGUGGCUGUGCUAAAUGCUUUGAAGUUACUGGGGAAACUUCUAGAUUAGUGCCAGCAUCCCUCCUGGAGGGAGCUGAGGGGAGGGACAGUCCCUUAAGCAAGAGAGGUGUUGUGAAGCUGAGCAGUCUGUCUAGCUGUCACUUUUGUCUCCAGUUCUUUUGAAAAGCAUGGGAGAAUGUGAAGCUUUUUAUAUUCAUGUUGUAGUGAAUUCCCUGAAUAUUUAUGUUCUUUAAAUAUUAUAUAUAUAAUGUAGUUAUUUGAUUAAACCAUUGAUUGCACUGUGACUCUUUAGUGCUAUAAACUAUUUUAUUUUCAAAAUGCCAUUACUAUUCCCCCUUUUAAAGGCUAUGUUCUUUUUUAAGUACAUAAUGUGUGUUACAUACGGGUAAGCCUAAUAUCCAACUAAAGUCCCACUGAAAUGCUCAAAUUGACAAUAAAAACAAAAAUGUUAUCAACAACCUGUUGGGAGUUGCA